AUGCCAUUAGUGGAGGCAAUUGGUUGUUUCAGCAAUGGACCUAAAUGUGGGACUAACAAUGGAAGACAUGAGAAUGGAGUUGGUUUCAUGAUUAAUGAAAAAAUUCUUCAUAACACAAAGAGUUUCACACCAGUAAAUGACCGCAUUUGCUACAUUAAAAUAUCUGGACGACAUUUUGAUCUAAUUCUGAUCAACUGCUACGCUCCUACAAAGGAUAAAGCCGAUGAUAUAAAGGAAAAGUUUUAUGAUGAACUAGAGACAGUAAUGAAUAGCCUACCUACUCACAGUUUGAAAAUGAUAGUUGGUGAUUUUAAUGCGAAAAUAGGUAGAGAAAACAUAUACAGACCCAUAAUAGGACCAAAUAGCCUGCAUGAAAUAAGUAAUGACAACGGUACAAAACUAAUUCACUUUGCUUCAUCACAAGAAUUAACAAUUAGCAGCACUUACUUUCCAAGAAAAUAUAUUCACAAAUACACAUGGGUCUCUCCAAAUGGUCGAGUUCACAAUCAGAUAGAUCAUAUAAUGAUAAAUAAAAGACACGCCAGUUUUAUUAGAAAG